UUCUCCCAACGCAAGCGUAACAAAUCCAGGAAAUCUCUUCCGUAUUAAAUGCAAACACACAUCUCUCCUCUCUAUCGACACAAAAUUCAAGAAGAACGGCUACCUCUCGCCAUGGGCUUUGUUGUUGCCUUUCCUCACCUUGGUCUUCCCAGAUUCCUUCUCCACGCAUACUACGUUCUUGGUUUCCUCAGAGAUCUCAUCUUCUGCCUUUUCAGGCUUCUCUGUCUCAGCCACCUAGUCGAAUCAUACGUUCCUGUUUCAUCAGACGCGUCUGAUUGUAUACAACGGCCUAGAUUCCAAUCCGCGUCUGCAAUGCUCAUUCGGCAGAUCUUGCCCGUUGUUUCUUUUGAGGAUUUGUGUAUGGAGAAGGUGAUGGACAGGUGUCUGAUUUGCUUGUCUGAGUUUGAAGGGGGUGAGGAGAUCCGACGGUUGAUGAAUUGCAAGCACUUGUUCCAUCGGAGCUGUUUGGACCGUUGGAUGGAUUGUAACCAUCAGACGUGCCCGCUUUGUCGGAGUCAUUUGGUACCCGAAGAUAUGAGGGAGGAAUUCGAAGAAAGGGUUUUGGAAGCAGAUGCAGCUCUUUAUUCCGACGGUGAGGAUCCAUUCAUGUUGCAGGAGUUCGGUUUAUCAUGGGUAGUGGACAAUCCAAUUCAGCCUAUUUCGCAAUAAGGGAUCAUUUGCAUGCUCUCGGGCAAUCCAAUUCAGACAAUUUCCCAACAAGGGAUCAUUUGUAUGCUUGUAAUUAGAAUACAUUGAAAUCUAAAUCAAAUAGUAAAUGUAAUUAAUGUAAAUUGAAAUUCUCAGUUGUGUUUGGAUGGCUAU